UGUAUCCGGUUGUCAAACCAAUCUCAGCUGUCCAAAUCCAAAACCAUUAAUAUCCACACGAUCUAAGUCAUCCAACGGCCAAGAUUGAAGUACUAGAACUUUCUCUUUCUCCACAAGCCCCAUGGCUUCACCUUUAUAAGCUCUCCCACUCCUGGCCUGUGCUCUACUCGUGCCACUCUCGCCCUAGGGUUUCAUUUGUCUGUUUUCUCCCAUUUAUUGCAUCCUUCCAAGUCGUGAAAAUGGUGAAGAAGUAUCCAACCGUGAGCGCUGAAUACCAUAAGGCCAUCGAGAAGGCCAAGAGGAAGCUCAGGGGCCUCAUAGCUGACAAGAGCUGCGCUCCGAUCAUGCUGCGUCUCGCAUGGCACUCUGCUGGGACCUUUGACGUGAAGACGAGGACCGGAGGUCCGUUCGGAACCAUGAAGCACGCGGAGGAGCUCGGCCACGCCGCCAACAGUGGCCUCGACAUUGCAGUCAGGCUCUUGGAGCCCAUCAAGGAACAAUUCCCCAUCCUCUCCUACGCCGAUUUCUACCAGUUGGCUGGGGUUGUAGCCGUUGAAACAACUGGUGGGCCCGAGAUCCCAUUCCACCCUGGACGUGAGGACAAGCCUGAGUCUCCUCCAGAGGGCCGUCUUCCUGCUGCUACGGAGGGUUCUGACCAUUUGAGGGUGGUGUUUAGCCAACAAAUGGGACUCAGCGACCAGGACAUUGUUGCUCUUUCUGGUGCCCACACCCUGGGAAGGUGCCACAAGGAGCGUUCUGGCUUUGAGGGACCCUGGACUCGCAACCCUCUCAUCUUUGACAACUCAUACUUCAAGGAGCUCUUGAGUGGUGACAAGGGCGGACUUCUGCAGCUGCCAUCUGACAAGGCACUUCUGUCUGACUCAGCCUUCCGCCCUCUUGUUGACAAAUAUGCCGCGGAUGAGGAUGCCUUCUUUGUUGAUUAUGCAGAGGCCCACCUGAAACUUUCUGAGCUUGGAUUUGCCGAUGCCUAAGCAGCUGCAAAGAAUGGGGACUUAAAAGGAUAGUGCCAAUGCCUUCUUCUUGCCUUUCCUUUUCGUUUUUGUUUUUCAUGAAAGACUUGGUCUUGGGCAGUUGGUUGAAAAAAGUUGGGGUGGUUUAUUGCUUUCUUUUGUUUAGCAUUGGAAGAAAUCCGGUGGAAUUCUGUGGUACUCAUCCUUUAGUUUAAAUAAUACAUAAUUUGUGAAUUUCUCGAUU